AAAAUGAGCCAAGUAUACUUUAUUAACAGAAAACAGAGAAAAAAGGGGAACAGAAACCUGAUUCACGGAUCCAAAAUCGCAAAAUCUAGGGCUUCGAUCCAUCAUCACAACAGUAAGUAAAUCUCUGACUUACUAGUUCUCUUUCUCAAAAUCUAGGGCUUUUUACAGCCCCAUUUGUCCCAACUGCUGUGAAUAAUCCUGUAUUAUUCUUCUUCCAAGAACAAUGUCGGACCUUACGUAUUCCCCCAAAAAAAUGUCGGCCCGCAUACCCUUUGAACGUUUACCGUACGAACUGGUAAUUGAAAUCCUUGCAAGACUACCGGUAGUUUCUCUGCUUCGAUUCGAAUCCGUAUGCAAAUCAUGGUAUUCUCUCAUCACAAGCCCUAGCUUCGUCACCAAACACCUCAACCUCUGUAAAAACAAGCUUCUCGUGAGGCUUUACAACAACGAUGAUGAGAAGGAGCGCCAUUUAACUUUUCGAGACGACGAAUGUGGUGAUGAGGGUUCAGAACUAGGUUUCCCGCUUAGAGCCCCAUUUGCGAAUUUCAGGUUAGUGGGUAGCUGCAAUGGUUUAUUAUGUAUAUGGGAGGAUUCUUCCAGGGGAAACCCGGCUAUUAUUGUUUGGAACCCAUCAAUUAGGAAAUCAGUAACUCUUCCCGAUAGGCCUCGAGUCGUGCCCCAUAUGUUGGUUCUUGGAUUUGGUGCCCAUCCCACUACUCAUGAGUACAAGGUGGUAAGAAUUAUGCAUCAGAAGUAUCCAUAUGAGCAUGAAUUUAAGCCGCUGGUUGAGCUUUACACACAAGGCAUGGAAUCCUGGAGACGGUUAGGUUCUACUUUUCCUCCCUAUUGCUUCAUCGAAUAUGAGGCGUCGCAAGCUUUUGUUAGUGGAGCUGUAAAUUGGAUUGCCACAGAUCCACGUGUGUCUGCUGGUUAUCGACCUUUGAUAGUGUCAUUCGAUAUGCGUGCAGAAACAUUCUCUGUGCUGAUGCUACCACCUGCUCUAGCCGAUGAGAAACCGGCUUCCUUAUCCGUUAAAUUAUUUCGGGAAUCACUGCUUGUGUUAUGUGAUCAGCAAACUGGCAACAAUGCCUACUGCAUUUGGGUGAUGAAAGAAUACGGAGUUCCAGAAUCUUGGACUAAGCUAUUUAGCUUCAAAGUUAAUCUUCCAAUAGUACUCGACAGGGCAUUAGGAGUUGGGGAAAAUGGUAAGGUUCUUCUUUCAACAAGAGACGAGCUUCUUUUGUCAUCAGGAGAUAAUCGGUUGCUUUCUUACGACACUGUAACCAAAGCAGUGACAGAUACUAAAAUUAGGGGAUGUUCAAGUGGAUUUCGUGUUGAGCCUUUCAUGGAAACCCUUGUUUCAGUGGAAAGCCGAGGUGAUGUGUUGGACAGGCAGCUGAACCCUUUGUGACACUAUGCUUCUAACUUCCAAGAGACGAUGGAAUAGAGUCAAAAGAGUAACGUCAAUAAAGAACAUUAAGAAGCUUCAAGGGCUUUGAAGUUCAAACCCCUUCCUGCUACUGAUCUGGAGCAUGUUAACUGGCAUUAAACAUGCUCCCACUAGUUUUGUGUUAUCUGCGUAGUUUCAAAAGUGUCAAGGCAAGCUUUCUUCCCGUUCGUUGGCCCUUCGCCAGUUCAAUCGAAACCUAGUAGUAGUACAUUGUCAUUUUGAGACCAGAAUCACGUAUGGGUAGCAUACUAUUGACGUUUUGAGCCAGUGAAUGUUUUAGGUUUAUUUUUUUAUGAUUGUUCUUUAAUAUGCUUGUUUGGUCAAUAAUCGAAGGUUCAUUGUGGAUAGUAUUAUCUUAACGAAAAUAUAUUGUUUUACAAA